CAGGGCCAACAAAUCACGACGUCACUAGUGUGGGGAAGUCCAAGUGUGGGGAAGUGUGUUUAGUUAAUUCCUCGGGCUCGAGCGAGAAUCCAAGAUGGCGGUCCACUGGGGCGGGGUCAUCGCCAUUGUCGUCUUCUACCUGUUGAUCCUCGGGGUGGGGCUGUGGGCGGCCCGGAAGAGCAAAGGCUCAAAGGAUCCUGAGGACGUGAUGCUGGCGGGAAGAAACAUCGGUCUAUUUGUCGGCAUCUUUACCAUGACAGCUACAUGGGUGGGAGGAGGUUACAUCAACGGAACAGCCGAGUAUGUAUUCCGACCAGACUAUGGGUUGCUAUGGACACAGGCACCGUGGGGAUAUGCUGCAAGCCUGAUUCUAGGAGGGCUACUUUUUGCCAAAGCCAUGCGGUCCCAGGGUUACAUCACCAUGUUGGACCCGUUCCAGCUCAAGUACGGCUCCCGCAUGGGUGGGCUGCUCUUCAUUCCCGCCCUUACGGGAGAACUCUUCUGGACGGCGGCCAUAUUGAAUGCUUUAGGGUCCACCAUUAGCGUGGUGCUUGAGCUGGACAUGAGCAUCUCCGUGAUCGUGUCGGCCUGCAUCGCCGUCUUCUACACAUUCUUCGGCGGAUUGUACUCGGUGGCCUACACCGAUGUCGUCCAACUCAUUUGCAUAUUCAUUGGUCUGUGGCUUUGUAUUCCCUUUGCCAUCACCAAUGAAGCAGUGGAACCUAUCGGUUUCACAGCAACCAGGUGGCUCGGCAACUGGGACCCAGUGUUUGCUGGAGUCUGGGUGGAUUCAGCUCUGCUACUUAUAUUUGGGGGUAUACCCUGGCAGGUGUAUUUCCAGCGUGUUCUCUCCUCUAAGACGGCAGAGAGGGCCCAGGCGCUGUCCUUCGUCGCCGCCAUCGGCUGUAUCUUGAUGGCCAUUCCUUCUAUUCUCAUUGGUGCUAUCGGAGCAAGUACAAACUGGAAUGAAACGACGCUCAAUCUGGAGGUAACGGACCCCUACAAUCAAACCAGUCUCUUGCUGCCAUUGGUCAUCCAGUAUCUGACCCCGCAGGUUGUUUCCUUCAUCGGUCUCGGGGCCGUGUCGGCUGCCGUCAUGUCCUCGGCCGAUUCUUCUAUUCUCUCGGCUAGUUCCAUGUUCACUCGCAACAUCUACAAGUUGGUCUUCCGUCAAAAGGCCGGCGAAGUUGAACUUUUGUGGGUCAUGCGCAUUGGUAUCGUUCUCGUGGGUGUCAUAGCAUCAGUGCUAGGUCUUAUCAUCACCUCUGUCUACGAACUGUGGUUUCUCUGCUCCGACUUUGUCUACGUCGUGCUGUUCCCCCAGCUCUUCUGUGUGGUGUAUUUCUCCAAGUGCAAUACAUACGGCUCAUUUGUGGGCUACUUAAUGGCUCUCUUAUUACGUCUAGGAGGGGGCGACCCCGUUCUGGGCGUACCGGCAUUUAUAAAGUAUCCGUAUUACGACCCGGUCAAUGGACAGCUGUUUCCUUUCAAGACGUUAGCCAUGCUGUCAUCGUUGGCAACCAUCGUCGUGUUGUCCUACCUCCUGGAUUUCCUUUUCCGGAGUGAGUUCAUCCCCAAGCGGUACGACUUUUUCCGCUGCAUCGUCAACCUACCCGCGGGCGAGGACUCGGAGAAGUACGACAACGUGAACGGGGAGAAACUGCAGCUGCGCAAGCUGGACCCGAUGGGUUUACCGGCGGCCGAGGGCACCACGUCCGUCACGCCGUUACAACGAGAGAAGCUGUUGGACAUCACGAGAGGCAUCAUGCCCGAGUCCGCAUCCAUGGAACCGCUUCAGGAGGACUAUGCAUCCAGCCCGUCAGACGAAGACCGCCCUCUACCAAAUGAAGAGCAAUAGCGCCCUCUACUUCAAGGCAUAUUGUGCAAUAUGUUUCAAUAUUGCACAAAUCAGUGUAGGUUCAAGUAAUUCGUUACGAUGCAAUAUCACCGUUUCAGUUAAACUACAAUGAGACCCAAAUGUGUAUGGGAAGCCACAUCUGACAAAAUCAGUCUUAAGAAAAUCUUGUGUUUUUAGAAGCAUGUACGACAGUGUUGAAAAUGAGCCCACCAUAUCCUAGUCUAAAAGUAACAGUAAAAUGUUAAGAAGCCUGACUAUCUGAAUAAGAGCACGAGUCUGUAAAAAAGUAGAUUUGAGUCUGGAUUCGACUCCUACAACACAGAUGAAUGACAAGAAGUUCUUAAUUUUAAUGUUUGUAUUUUUAGGACGAUAUUGGUUGAAAACCUUGAAAUUUCCUUCUGAUGUGACCUUUAAACCAUUUUUGGACAAAAACCUAAAAACUAAAUUGUAGCUCUGAAAGCUUGGGACUCAUUUUGUGAGAUUGAGCCACUUAUUGUAGAACCUUAAAAUUACGCAGUUUCAAUUGUUACAACUCCCCCAAUAUGUACAGAUAAAGGUCAAAUUCUGAUUCUAAAUUCCCUGUUUGUAGUGUGCGGUUUUGGACAAAUUCCGGAACAACUUUG